AGAUUGCUCCUUCCUGUUUAUUCAUGGAACUUUCUGGAAGCUUCCUGUCAACUUGCAGUUUUUCUAAGGGGGUCCACAAACACCUUCACCUCAGCAGAGGCAGUUCCUUCCUGCAGCAGCUCAUCCAAUUUGCAGCUUUACCAAAGCUUGGAGAGUCAGCUUCAUUGUAUUUCCCCCUCGCCGCCCCCCCCCAACAGUGCCAGCUGGAUACUUCUCUUCCUCAGGCUUCAUGGAUCUGUUUGGAGACAUAGAUGACAUUUCUUCAGAGAGCGAUGGGGACAGUGAACAAACUAUUCCAGGGCAGCCUGCUGAUGAACAUGGAGUGCCUCAGGACCAACAGGAGGAAGAGCCGAUUUCUGAAACCAGAAUAGAAGUAGAAAUCCCCAGUAUCAACUCCGAUUUAGGAAAUGAAUUGUACUUUGUUAAACUACCUAAAUUUCUCAGCAUAGAACCCAAACCUUUCGAUCCUCAGUAUUACGAAGAUGAAUUUGAAGGUGAGAAAGUGCUUGACGAGGAAGAUAGAACCAGGUUAAGAUUAAAGGUAGAAAAUACGAUAAGAUGGAGGAAACGCCGGGACGAGGGAGGAAAUGAAAUUAAGGAAAGCAAUGCUCGGGUGGUCAAGUGGUCAGAUGGGAGCCUUUCCCUGCAUCUAGGCAGUGAAGUGUUUGAUGUCUACAAAGCCCCAAUGCAGGGCAAUCACAGCCACCUGUUCGUUCGAGAAGACACUGGUCUACGGGGACAAGCUGUCUUUAAAUCCAAACUCACCUUUAGCAGACCUCACUCUACAGACUGUGCCACACACAGGAAGAUGACCCUGCCACUUGAUAAGAGAUGCUCAAAGACACAGAGGAUUAGAAUCUUACCGAUGGCUGGGCGUGAUCCUGAGUGCCAGCGCACUGAAAUGAUGAAGGUGCGUCGGCUAAGCUUUAUCCCAGGAUUUUGGGGGUAUUAAGAGCUGUACUUUUCAGAAUACUAAUUCACAAU